AUGGUGGGUUUCUUUUGUCAAGCUAGAGAGUUUGAUAAAGAAUACUCGGAAGUUCGUUUUUUCUUCUCAUCGAGGAAAUCAUCAGAAGUGAUUGAUGGUAGUCUAGAUGAAUCGGUCAAUUUUCUUGGCAGGAGAAUGUACAUUGUUGCGUCCUCUAAUGGUUUUCUUCUUAUCGUUGUGGAUUUAGAAAACCAGAGGGCUUAUUAUGUUUGUAAUCCUGUAACGAGGCAGCAUUUGACCGUCCCUGUAACUCGAGCAUCCAGCAUAAGCCGUGCAGCUGUUGGAUUUCUUUGCAAGGUAGAUGACCCUGAAAAGGAUGUCAUCUACUUUACUAUAGUUCGCUAUGCGCUACCUUGGUCAGAUGAGCCUCUCAUAAUGUCCAUGGUAAAAAUUGAAAGCUUCUCUUCUGAGACUAAUGCGUGGACUACCAUCAAUCUCAAGCUAGAUGUGCCUCUCAGAAUGUGGUAUGUAAAUCGGAUUCAAUCAAAACCGGUUGGAGUCAUCGAUGGAGUAUUUUGUUGGAUUGACCAUAGUGAAACGAUUUUUUAUUAUGAUAGUGUCAAUAGGUGUUUCUGGGAUUUGGAAUUGCCCUUAGAGAUGAUGAUCGGCGGAGACACUUGGUUUCUUGGAAUAUCAGAUGGGGCUCUAUAUUAUGCAUUGUGUGACAAGGCAGAGAUUACUGUGUGGUGCCUUGAGAGCAAUAUUCGUAGUCGAGAUGCAGUAUGGGUCCAGGAGAUAUGCUGCGAAUUUAACCGAUGCACUCCGAAAUUGUUGUCCUGGUUUAGAAGCUUCUGGCUAUAG